AUCUAAUCUAUGAACAAAGCCUAUGUGGUUAGUUAGAAUAUGCAACGGGUAGGUGCACAUUCAAUACGUAGGAGGUUACAAAGACCCUGUUAUGCACCGAAGCUUGAAAUUUGAGAAGCAAAGACAAUACCAAACCAACCAUUAAUUGACGAUCAAAGCAAAAACCAUGGCUGCGUCAAAGCACGUCGCUGUGCUCGCCUUUCCCUUCACCUCACACGCAGCCACUCUCCUCAGCCUCAUCCGUCGCAUAUCCGAAGCCGCACCCGAUGUUUCCUUUUUCUUUUUCAGCACAGCACAAUCAAAUGACUCUGUAUUUUCGAAAAGCGAAGAGCAUGGCAAAAUAAGACCCUACAGCGUCAGCAACGGAUUGCCGGAGGGCUAUGUUUUUAAAGGCAAUUUUUAUGAGGCUGCGAAGUAUUUCGUGAAGGCUCUACCUGGCAAUUUUAAGAGCGCCAUAGAUAAGAUUGUGGAGGAAACAGGGAAAGGUUUCGAUUGUUUAGUGACGGAUGCAUUUUACUGGUUUGGUGCCGAUCUCGCCGAGGAACUGCAGGUACCAUGGCUUCCACUUUGGAUAGCUGGACCACGCUCGCUCUUCCUCCACCUUGAAACAGACAAGAUCCGACAAUACAUAAAGAGCUAUGGUUCUAAGGAAAAAACAUUGGACCUUUUUCCGGAGUUUUCUGCAAUACGCGCUUGUGACCUACAGCCUGAAAUAACCUCUGAAGACAUGGAUGAUCCCGUUACAGUAAUGCUGCAUAAGAUGGGACUAGAGCUACCGCGAGCCACUGCAAUUGUUGGAGAUUCUUACGAAGAAUUAGACACCACCAUUGUGAACAUGCUCAGGUCGAGAAUCCAAAAAUAUCUCCCAGUGGGUCCCUUAUUUCUAACAUCUCAACCACCUUCAUUUGUUGAUCCUCAUGGUUGCUUGGAAUGGUUGAACAAGCACCAAACAGCAUCGGUAGUGUACAUCGGCUUUGGAACAGCGCUAAAGCCUCCACCUCACGAACUAGUAGCAUUAGCUGAAGCCAUGGAGGAAAUGGGGCUACCAUAUCUCUGGUCAUUGAAGGGUGAGCCUGAGCAAGAAUUGCCGAGAACAUUUGUGGAGAGGACUAGGCAGAAGGGGAAGAUAGUGCCGUGGACUCCUCAGCGUCAAGUGUUGGGGCAUCCUUCAGUUGGGGUUCAUGUAACGCAUGGUGGAUGGAAAUCCGUCAUGGAGAGCAUUCUAGGUGGGGUGCCUUUAAUCUGCAGGCCAUUUUUCGCAGACAACCAAUUGAAUUCACGGACUGUGGAGGCUGUCUGGGGGAUUGGUUUGACGGUGGAGGGUGGAGUAUUCACUAAAGAAGGAACACUCAAGGCCUUGAAUUCAAUAUUGUUUGACGAAGAAGGGAAGAAGAUGAGAAAGAAAAUUGAAAUCCACAAAGAACUUGUCCACAAAACUGUGGAACCCAAUAGUAGCUCUACUGAGAACUUCAAUACUCUGGUAAAGAUUAUCAGGGAACACUAGCUAGAUGAUGAUGUUCACAAAUUUGUGUGAAUUAACAUUAUCAAAAUAGUACAAUGGCCUAGAAUAAGUAGGGACUUGGUUGUUUGAAGUUAAUAAUUAAUAGUUGUGUAGACUAAGGUAGUACUGUUCUGUUUUUUAAGCCUAAGCAACAGUAGUAAACCUACUGUUUUGAAGUUUAUUUGUAGUGAUCAUGAAUGUUGUUUUUUUUUUUUUUUUGUGCUCUUUGUACUAGGAACGUGGAACUUUGACGACC